AUGGGGUAAUAUAGUUUGUCACAACUCAGUUUCUUGUUUCUCAGUGCGGCAGUCUGUUUACUAAAAGGGGGUAAUCCCUCCCCCGCAGCUUUACAUGGGCGUCGAGCAUGCCCACUCUCUCAGGGCCCCCCCGACUCCAAGCCUCGACUCAGAGUUUGGAUAGUAAA